AUGAAUCUGCAGAUUAUUUUAUGUUUAUUACUUAUAAAUGUAAAUACGACUGAAGCUGGCGAUAACCAUGAUGCUGUAAAACCUGAUUCAUUUGAAGAAUUGCUUGAAGCCUUGGUUUCAUUUACCAAUUAUGCUUUAUCAUUUACAGACAAGAUUUAUUAUAUUACAGAUAAACAAUUUAAAAAAAUUUUUACAGGUAAAAAAAUUUUACAGCUAUUUGAUUUUUUAAGAAAUUUUGAGUGUAAUACAGAAGAUAGUAGAGAACUAAAAAAUAAUCUAAAUAAAACAAUAUCGCGCAUUAUGUCAUUAGUUUCUUCAGAUUCAGAAAAACAGGAAACUGAUAUUAAAACAGUAGACGAUGUAAAAGAUAGUGAAAAUUCUACAAAAAAUAUUAAAUCUUCUGAACUUUUACCUGGUUCUGUAGUUUCUAUUAGAGAUCUACACAAUCUUUCUCAAGAAGUUUUAAAUGGAGCAUUUGAAAAUAUUCCUAAAGAUCUGUACAUAGAAGAUAGCUUUGUAGAUUACUUAUUAAAUAAUUAUAAACAAGUUAAUAUAAAUCAAUAUAAUAAUAUUAGUAAGUUUUUACACUUAUUAGAAGAAAAGAAAGAAAUUUAUUAUAAUGAACAAUUUAGAAAAUUGUUAAAUAAUAAUUAUGUUGAAGCCAAACUUGAUGCUGCUUUCUUUAUUAAGAUAAUUCCUUACCUACUUAAACUUUUUAUUGAGGAAAAAAGCAAAUACAAGGAAAGUUUUAAGGAGCUUUGGAAUUCAUUAUUUUAA